CCUCUAGCCAAUCAGGACGGAGAGCGUCUAUGUGGGCUGCUGCCGAUCGCAGCUGUGUUCCGGAAGCUGGCUGGAGGCGGCGGUAUUGUGUCGCGGGGGAGAGUUGCCAUGUGACCGGAAUGACGGCAGCGACGUCAUCACCGGCAACAGGAAGAAUCGAGUCGGUGCCACAGAGGAGACAGAGGUAUCUAAAAAGCAUGAGGAGAAAUUACUCUCUCCACUUCAGUCCUUCAUCUGAACCAGCCUGACAUUGGCAUCAUUCUCUGCGUCCUCUGCAAACACCUCAGACAUCACCAUGAAUCUAGUAUUGGCAAAGAUCUUGUGCUUGCUGGCAGUGUUUGUUUUAAUGAUGUUGGGAUCGCUUCUACCUGUCAAGAUAAUUGGGGCAGACUGUGAGAAAGCUUCUCGUUCUCGGAGAAUCCUUUCCUUGUGUAAUUCAUUUGCUGGAGGGGUGUUCUUGGCUACUUGUUUCAAUGCCUUGCUUCCUGCAGUGAGAGAAAAGUUUGAUGACAUUCUGAAAAUGGGAAACGUUAGCACGGAUUACCCGCUGGCAGAGACUAUUAUGCUGGUUGGAUUUUUCCUCACUGUCUUUGUGGAACAGGCUGUCCUGACAUUCCGGAAAGAGAAGCCUUCUUUCAUCGACAUGGAAACAUUUAAUGCAGGAUCCGAUGCCGGCAGUGACUCUGAAUAUGAAAGCCCAUUUAUAUCCUCCAACAGAGGGCACAAUGUAUAUGAAAUUGGUCACAGCAACCACUCUCACAGUCUAAACAUCCACGAACUCUCCAAGUCAAGUCCUCUUCGGCUUUUCAGUUUGGUGUUUGCACUCUCUGCUCACUCCAUCUUUGAGGGACUGGCACUUGGCCUGCAGGAGCAAGGUGAUAAGGUGCUAAGUCUUUUCAUUGGUGUUGUCAUUCAUGAAACGUUAGUUGCUGUGGCACUUGGUGUAAGCAUGGCAAAAAUAAACAUUAUGCUAAAAGAUGCUGCCAAGAUGGCUGUUUUAGUGAGUGUAAUGAUUCCUAUUGGCAUUGCCAUUGGAAUGGCAAUUCAGAGUGCCCAAAACCUUGCUAGCGGUAUCACCUCUGCUCUGUUGCAGGGCAUCGCAGGGGGUACUUUUCUCUUUGUUACAUUUUUUGAAAUUUUGGUGAAGGAACUGGAGGAUAAAAAUGACCGUUUACUGAAAGUCCUUUUUCUGGUUCUUGGAUACACUGUUCUUGCAGGACUUGUCUUUUUUAAAUGGUAGCUGGGAAAAAUUAAAAUGUAAGUUACAGGAAAUAUUUAUAUAUGUAUAUAACUUCUUAAAUAGUAAUACAACAACUUGUGUCAUACCACUGUUUUACCUUUUUUUUAUUAUUUUAUUUAUUGUUUCCUAUUAAAUAAGUUAUUGUAAUAUCUGAUUAUUGGCUGUACAUACUGGUUUAUCCAGUUUCUGAGCAGAUGUUUGCAGAGCUGUAUGUAUAAUAAGUUACAGACACUGGUAGAAAAUAUCUCUAAAUAAUUGUAUUACUGUGCUGUUGUACGCACGGAAAAGAAAAUUAAAUGUGUAUUUUGGGAGGGAAGGGGAGGCAGUCUUCAGCUAAACUGGUGUACUGACUGUGGAAUGAACAUGGUUAAAAAGUGAAGUAAGGAUCUUCCAGCAGCUUGCAACACAGAAGUACGCUGCAGCUUCACGUUUUACUAAUCUACACAUUAUUUGUGUGUGUUUGGUACAUUUAAAAAAAAAAAAAAAAGAACUGAAUAAUAGGACAAGUGCAUACUCUGAUAUCCAGAAAUACAUGUAUAACCUGUAACAAGGCUCAUUAGCAUGAACAAAAUGCAGGAAGCAUACUUCGUUUAUUUAAGCUGCCAAAAUAAAAUGUUUCUUUUUGGUAGAGUAUGUCUUUAACAUAUAAAUGAUUUUGUUUAUUUUUAACCUUGAAUGCCAUAUAUUCUAUCAUUUUAUACUGCUAACACAAAACAGUACAGUUUCUGUACUUUUAAGGUGCGUUAGCUUUGGCUGCCUUCCUGUUCCAGCUGUGCAUUAUGCUUGGAUAGAUAAUAGGAGCAGAAAAAAUAGGAUGCCACUGAACUAUACAAAGCAUUUUGUUUCAGUGUUCCCUAAUUGUGCAUACUUUGGGGGUCAUUCCGACCCGUUCGCACGCUGCUUUUUUCCGCAGCCGUGCGAACGGAUUCAAACUGCGCAUGUGCACGGUCGCAAAUGCGGAGGUGCCUCGUUGUCCGGUGAUGGCAGCUUCUCUGGGAGUGGUGAGGAAAACGCAGGCGUGUCCAGGCGUUUGCAGGGCGGGUGUCUGACGUCAAUUCCGGGACCUGACAGGCUGAAGUGAUCGCAGUGGCUGAGUAAGUUGAGAGCCACUCAGAAACUACACAAAACUUCUUGGGACAGCUCCCCUGCACAUGCGAUCGCACACUUGCACAGCUAAAAUACACCCCCCCAUAGGCGGCGGCUAUCUGAUCGCACGGGCUGCAAAAAGUUGCAGCAUGCAAUCAACUCGGCAUGACCCCCUUUAUAUAUAUAUAUAUAUAUAUAUAUAUAAUGUUCUUAGCCACUUAAGAUUAUCUGUUUAGUAUGUGUUGUGGGUGUAGACAGUUUGUACAAAUGAGUGAGUGUUUUACAGCAUGUAAAUAUUUUCUGUGUAAAUACGUGUACUUGUACUGUAUGUAAUGUGCUGCACUCUUGUUCAUAAGAUGUGGUGUUCGCUGGGGAGGAUCAUGUAAUAAACAACAUAACUGAAA